AUGGCUGAUACUUACGACGAAGACGAGCGUCGCAGAGCAGUCUACGGGACGCAAUUUGACGAGAUCUUGUCCAGUGGUUUUGUGCCUGGAAGCACCGACGAGGAUCUUGAGGCUAGCGAGUUUUUCCAGCGUUAUUUUUGGGAGCAUCCAGUUAUCAACGAGGAUAGCUAUUCACCGGCUGGCUUGAGCCAGGUUGAGCAAGCUGCUGUCUGCAGUGUCGAAGAGCAGCCUUCUCCUGUGGAAGAUUCGCUUACCAACCCGCUCGAGAACUCUGAAUUGUCAAUCGUCACUGAUCGCUCUUCCGAUUACCGCUCACCUGCAUUGAUCCCUUUCUCCUCUUUCUCGCGAAGAAGACUCGGCCGAGGACUGCGAUUCAAUUCUAGCUUCGAAUACAGAGCCUUCAUAUACGAAGUGACAGCUGCUGACCCUUCUGCGGAGAGCUCUGUUGAAAGCUUGUCGGACCAGGGAUUUGACAACCACGGUCGAUUCUACAGUCGCUUCCCCCCAGGUCUCUCUGAAGGCCUUCGUGUCUCUCGCGAUAGCUCUUCCGUUAACUACAACCUGCAUACACUGCGUUUAGGAUCUCCUGGGCCUUCUGUGCAUUCUUUUGAACUGGCCUCGUCUGACGACGCUACUGAGUACAUCAGGCUACAAAACUUCUCCUUUCCUAGGCGACGCGCUCGUAGCUUGAUUGCGGGCGCGAUCAGGAAGCGCAGAAAUACCAGCUCUGGCAUCGGAUCUGCUAUUAGGAACUUGUUUCGCAAAAGGAACAGUCGUCGUCCACGUGAAACGAAUUCGUCCUCGGGCCUUUUGAAGAGGUGGAGGGAGCGUCGAUCUGAAACGGCCGUUCAACGCCGUCUUGAAGCUCCGAUACGUCGAAGAGGUUGGUCUCCUAUUUAA